UAUUUAGUCAUAGUUAUAUAUAUAAAGCCUAACGGUUUGAUUUGUUGUUCGAAAAAUUUUCAUUUUAAGGGGAAAUUUAUGGGACGUGAACAAGAAGUGCUUAAUGCACUUGAUGUAGCCAAAACACAACUGUACCAUUUUACAGCAAUAAUAAUUGCCGGGAUGGGAUUUUUCACGGAUGCUUAUGAUCUUUUUUGUAUAUCUUUAGUGACCAAAUUGCUUGGCAGAAUAUAUUACCAUAAGGACGGUUCUGAUACUCCUGGAUCUUUACCGUCGAACGUCUCGUCUGCCGUUAAUGGUGUUGCUUUUGUCGGAACACUUGCGGGGCAGCUUUUGUUUGGUUGGCUCGGUGAUAAAAUGGGCAGAAAAAAAGUUUAUGGAAUGACUUUGAUGCUUAUGGUGGUUUGUUCUAUUGCUUCAGGUCUUUCUUUUGGUAACACUCCAACUUCUGUUAUGUCUACUCUUUGUUUCUUUCGAUUCUGGCUUGGGGUCGGGAUCGGUGGCGACUACCCUCUUUCGGCUACAAUCAUGUCGGAAUAUGCUAAUAAAAAGACUCGCGGGGCUUUCAUUGCUGCUGUUUUUGCAAUGCAAGGUUUUGGUAUCUUGGCUGGUGGGAUGGUUGCUCUAGUCGUCUCGGCUGCGUUUGAGUCGAAAUUUCCUGCGCCGAGUUAUCAGGUUGAUCCUCUUGGUUCGACUGUUCCUCAGACUGAUUUUGUCUGGAGAAUUAUCUUGAUGUUUGGUGCAAUUCCAGCCGCACUUACUUAUUAUUGGCGUACGAAAAUGCCCGAAACUGCACGUUACACUGCAUUAGUCGCCAAUAACGCGAGACUGGCCGCUUCUAAUAUGUCAAAAGUACUUCAGGUUGAUUUGGAAGCAGAACAUGAUGAAGCUGAACAAAGCAGAGGAAAUGGUUAUGGCCUAUUCAGUAAACAAUUUCUCGCUCGCCACGGACUUCACUUGCUCGGAACAACGACCACUUGGUUCUUGCUAGACAUUGCAUUCUACAGUCAGAAUUUGUUUCAGAAAGAUAUUUUCAGUGCCAUCGGAUGGAUUCCGAAGGCGAGCACAAUGAAUGCGCUCGAAGAGGUUUAUAAAAUUGGCAGAGCACAAACUCUGAUUGCUCUCUGCAGUACAGUUCCGGGUUACUGGUUUACUGUUGCUUUAAUUGAUAGAAUGGGAAGAUUUGCUAUUCAAUUAAUGGGAUUCUUUUUCAUGACAGUUUUCAUGUUUGCUCUAGCCAUACCUUACCAUCACUGGACUUUACCGAAGAACCGUAUCGGGUUCGUCGUUAUGUACUCACUAACUUUUUUCUUCGCAAAUUUCGGUCCAAACACGACCACAUUUGUCGUGCCCGCGGAGAUUUUUCCAGCGAGAUUAAGGUCGACCUGCCACGGUAUAUCAGCUGCGUCGGGAAAAGCAGGGGCGAUGGUCGGUGCAUUCGGGUUUCUGUUUGCUGAAAAUGGAAUGGGUGUGAGGAAGGCACUUUUAAUUCUUGGUGGACUCAAUUUCUUGGGGUUGUUGUUUACACUUUUGAUACCUGAAUCUAAAGGUAAAUCGCUUGAAGAAAUUUCUGGUGAAGGUGAGGAACGGAACUGAAACGAAGUGUCUAAAAUUAGGCUAUGUUUUUGUGUAAUCAUAAUAUAGCAUAACCUGAAAUAGAUGUAUCAUCAAAAUCAGAUAGGUCAAAAAAAAACACUAUGAUUAUGUGUAUAUGAUUAUGAUGAAUUUGAAGUCUAAGAUUUACUAAUCUCUUGAGACUAAAUUGUCAAGUUUCUCACGUUGCAAGUGAAAAAAAAAGGAGUGGAAAACUUAGCAUUACUUAAAUAGUUAAAUGUCAAAAA